UGUCCUUCCAACAGGUGAAGCGUGGUUGCCUCCAGCAAGCGCUAGGCGCUCGAGGAUUUGACAUGUGAUUUGAAUUUGCAACUAAUGUCAGUUCCACAUCACCAUCAUCGACCAACUCUCAAGCAGCAAAACAAAUCUUUUAAAUCACGACAUAAAACGAAGGGUCAGCUCAAGGCUUUAUCGAAAGGCCGGGCUGUACGCCAAUCUGCCAAAGCGUCGCAAAACCCUCAGAGUGCCGCAGCGCAGCUCCGCGCGGACCGACGCAUCCAGUCAAAACAUUUGCAAGCGAAAAAACGAGCUGAGAUUGUUGAGGCGGGUCGGGUUUUUUCUGGUCCCGAUGCGGCUCCCAGAGUGGUAGCAAUCAUCCCUUUGUGCGAGGAUGUCAAUGCUGUGGGGGUUUUGACUGCCUUAUUGAGCCCAUUGGACUUGGGGGAGGAAAUCCUCGGAGAAAUACCGCAAACUGGCUUGUGGAAAGUGAAAAUUCCUCGAUUCAAAACGUCCCUUCAAACCUUACUCCUACCAUACCACUCAUUCUACGCCGCACUCGACGCGACCAAGGCUGCUGACUACGUUAUUUUUGUCCUGUCGACCCAAGUCGAAGUGGAUGAUUGGGGUGACACGCUACUUCGAAGCUUGCAAGCGCAGGGCUUGCCCACAAUUGUAACUGUUGCCGCCGAUUCCUCGUCCACAACACCCUCGUCAUCCUUCAAGAAGGACCGUUCCCUCGUUAUAAAAUCCCUCCUUUCUUUUAUUCAAUACUUCUUCCCAUCUCAGCACCGCGUACACGACCUUGGUCCCGCCUGCGUUCCCUCUGAAAAUUCUUUAUUGUCUUCCCUCAACCAGAAUGAAUGCCUCAAUGCGCUCCGCAGUCUAUGCGAGGGUCUGCCAGCGAACGCGAGGUGGCGAGAUGGCCGAAUGUGGCUUGUUGCGGAUGCCAAUGAAGGGUAUGGCUCCAGCAUCCCUUCACUAUCCUGGGAGCCAAAUUUGCAAGAGACAGGUGCAGCCGAACACGAUGACGGGGAGCCACGCGGGACUCUGAGUGUAAUUGGGACCAUCCGAGGUGCACCACUUUCUGCUAAUCGUUUGAUACAUAUUCCCAAUUAUGGCGACUUCCAGAUUGACAAAGUCGUGGAUGCCUCAGCCUCCACUCAGCGCGGGAAGAAGGCGACUACAAACUCCCAGGAGCCUGAAGUGUCAUCGGAACUGACAAUCCUCGCGCAGCGUUCAUCCAAAUCUGGCAUGGAUGAAGAUGAGGACGUAGAUGAUGCUGAUUCCCUUGUUUCUCGGAUGGAACCCGAUACGAUGCAAAAUGAGCAGACUUGGCCCACCGAAGAAGAAAUGAAUGGUGGCGUCGCAGCUCAGACUGAAGAUUCUGUUAGGAAAGGUGUUAAGAAAGUUAGAGUCCCCAAGGGAACUAGCUCUUACCAAGCGGCCUGGAUUGUCCACGAAGAUGAUGAAAACGAUGUGGAAGAAUGGGAAAGCGAGGAUGAAAAUAGCAAGGAUGGUAAUGAGGACGAGGUCAUGGAGGACGAACCGACGGAGGCUCCUCAGUUCAAUGAAGAGGAAGAAAUGGAAGACAUUGCCCUGGAUGAAGGCAAACGUGGCGCAUUUGAGGAUCUUGAUGCAGCCGAGGAGGAACGACAGCUUGAAUCGUGGCGGAAAGCACAAGCAGAAUCUCGUGCUCGUCAGAAGGAGGACGAGACCGAUUUGGAGUUCCCGGAUGAAAUUAACACACCUAAGGAUAUCCCUGCUCGGCAGCGAUUCGCUCGUUACCGUGGAUUGCGAUCCUUCCGUACGAGCCCCUGGGAUCCUUUCGAGAACUUGCCGUUAGAUUACGCUCGGAUCUUCAUGCUGGAAGACUACAAGAGGAUCGAGAAGAGCGUGCGACGGAAAGCGGCGGAGGAGGGUGUGGCGCCUGGCACAAGGGUGAUUGUGUACAUAAAGAAUGUACCGCGAUCCCUAUACACCUCACAAUCAUCGCCUUCGUCAGCUCUCCCUCUGAUUAUCUUCGGGCUCUUCAAAUAUGAACACAAAUAUUCCGUCGGACACUUCUCAAUCCAACGCAACACUGAGUACACAGGAUCUGUGCGCUCAAAAGACCCCCUUGUUCUCUGCGUUGGCGCCCGUCGGUAUCGGGUCAACCCCAUUUAUAGCGAGCAUCGUACAGGGAAAGGCAAUGGGUUAUACAAGUUUGAGAGGUACCUCAGGCAUAGCCAUGCUACUGUCGCCAGCAUAUUUGGACCAAUUGGGUUUGGCAAGCAGAGCUGUACCCUGCUGAGGGAAGAUGCGGACCCACAAGCACCCAAACUCGUUGCGACUGGCUCUUUCAUUAACGCAGAUCCAAAGCGAAUAAUUGCUAAACGCAUUAUCCUAACUGGGCAUCCGUACAAAGUUCACAAGAAAACCGCGACCAUACGAUACAUGUUCUUCUAUCCUGAGGACGUCAAAUACUUCUCCCCUGUUCAGCUUUACACCAAGUACGGACGAACUGGUCAUAUCACUGAAUCAUUGGGCACACACGGCUACUUCAAAGCCCACUUUGAUCAACCCAUCUUUCAGAUGGAUACUAUCUGCCUCAACCUCUACAAGCGAGUGUUCCCGAAGUGGAGCGAGCCAUGGGUAGACCCUACUGUGAGACCCAAACAAUUAAAAGAGACAACAUCCAUGGAUGUGGAAAUGUAGUCAUUUUCUAAUCACUGAAUUUUCCCUGCGCAUUUUACAAUACUAUUCUAUUGUUAAUAAUGUUCAACACACAUUAUCCUAGUCUUAUUUUGUGCAAGGAUAGCGGUGGU